UACACAAGGUGUCCUACUCUCCUUGACCUAUCCCAGCCUCCCAACACAACGUCACAGUCUGAGAGAGACAAAACAAGCAGCCGUCAGCUAGGCUCCUCAGUCGCUUUGAACACACACCGCUCGUACAGAACACACGCAUACAUACACACUCACACUCACUCAUGACCCUGCGCGCCCACAAACUCAAACAUACACAGUCAGCGAAACACUCGCCUCAGCUCUCAGAACUCAUCCACGUGCUGGUGUGUUGAGAAACACUCUGUCACACAUUUCGUCCGUCACUGGCUCCUUGGCUCUGACCGGAGAGAAUGCUUCUGCUGUAUCGCAUAUGACUCCAUGCCUGCUCUAACUGAAGAGUGCUACAGAACACAGAGCAGAGCGGAAGCAGCAGCUGUGACUGAGGAACAGUGGAGGAGAAAUGCUAACCCCCCUCUGAGAGAACAAAAAGCAGCCUGACGUUGUGGCAGCAGCAGAAACAGCCUUUGUCUUGUCCUGCUUGGUUCACAUGCUCCCCCCGUAGAAGAAAUCAGAAGAGAGGAGACCAGAGGAGAGGAGCCGCACUGAGCACUGACACACUGGCCUACUCUACCAGAGAGAGAAAGGGUUGGCUGUUUGAUGUGUGUUAUCCUGUUGCUCUUCCCUGUGUGGAUUCAGUACUUGGACAGCGCCAGAGCACUAGGUCCGCUCAGCAACACAGUGUGUAUUUUUGCUGGUCGUGUGUUACAGUCUAUGUGAAGUCUCACUCGUCGAGACUCCAUCUCCAGGGAAGCCCUGGACCCCCAUUCCCAGCCCUCCAUGGCUCUCUCCCUGGCUCCCUGCAGCCCUCUCUCCCUGGGGACAGCAGACAGCAUGGCCAGCCUGGAGCACCAGGGGGAGAAGCAGCUCUUUGAGAAGUUCUGGAAGGGGACGUUUAAAGCUGUGGCCACACCGAGACCAGAGAGCAUCAUCGUGGCAAGCAUCACCGCCAGUAGGAAGGUUAUCAGCACGGAGACAACAACCUGCCAGCCACUCAAAGCCGAUGAGAGAAAAGGGGAGGUCGCGGACACCAAGGUGGACACAACCACAGACAGAAAUGGAUGCAUUAGAGACAUAGGACGACACAAACAUAGCAGUUAUCAUCGGACGCGGUGUGUGUCAUUUGAUGACGAUCUCUCCCCUUGGCCCCACGCUCCCAAAGGGAAGAAAAAGAAAAGGAAAUCGGAGAGAAAGAGGAAGAGGAAAAGGUCCCCGUCCUACAGCCUGUCACCAGUGAGGAAGAAGAAGAAGAAGAAGAAGAAGAAGAAGAAGAGCUCUAAGAAAAGCAAACGCCACAGGUAUACCUCUAAAAAGACAAAGCACAGCUCUUCAAGCUUGAAACAUAAGAGGAAGGGUGAUCGAAAGCACAAAAAAAGCUCACGGAGUCACACGAAGCGGAGACGACGCUACCGGAGGUCAGAGUCAGAGAGUUCCACCUGGCGCUCCUCCAGCGCCGAGAGUGGCCAUCAUCUGCACAAAUCAGUGAAUCACCCUGUGUUGGGAGGCCUAGCAGCCCAGAGGGAGGACCCUAGUACAGCGCACCUGGACCACAGAGCGUUUGAGUGGGGGUCCGCCGCCAAGUCAGUCUGUAAAACGACUCCAAUCUUUCGCUCCGUCCUUUCUACUGGCACCGACUUGCAGUCAAAACCUGGCAGUGAGGUUUUAAACACGACAGUAGUUCACCAUCACACUCUGACCAAUCAGAGCAAAGGACCACAGGAUUACGAUUCCGGGAAUGACACGUCUUCACCACCGUCGACCAAAACCAGCAUUUCACGGACAAACGUCAUCGGUGACAAAAAGGUCUUGUGUCAAGCGCCGGCUUCCCCAGAGAAGCUGAAGUUUACAGAUGGCGAUAACGCAUCCGACUCUGGGAACUCUGUGACCAGCUAUGCUUCCCUGUGUAAACCUCUGCAUGUGGAAGGUGGUUUGUCUACUCCCAUUUUCAAUGGGAACGGCAAGAGUGAGCCGGUAACAACCUCAGUAUGUGGGGCCAAGGUGGGGAGACCUCAGAAGACAGUCUCUUCUCUCUCUCCUUUGAGGAUGGGGGCCUCUUCACGUAAGCGGACUAGAACCAACUCGUCGAGCAGCAGAAGUAGAUCCUCAGGGAGCUCAAGACACUCUGGACGCUACUCUCGAAGCCGAUCACUGUCAUCUGCCAGGUCGUACUCCCGUUCACCAAGCUACUUGGCUGGUUUGAGAAGGAAAGGUAGUGAGGGCAGUGGAAGGUCCAGAGGAAGCUACUCCAGAUACAGUAAAGAGAGGAUUCGAGAGAAGAAGAGGGACCCCAGCUCCGGUGAGAAGGAUGUGAAGCACAGCAGUCAGAAGCGAAGCGGGAAGAGGCAUAGACGCAGGUCCUACUCUCCAAUGAGGAAAAGGAGGAGAGAUUCACCCAGUCACCUGGAAGCCAGGAGGAUAACUAGUGCCAGGAAGAGGCCCAUCCCCUACUUCCGGCCCAGUCCUUCAUCCAGCAGUCGCUCUACCAGUGUAUCCUCUUGGAGCAGCCUCUUCACACGGAGUCACAGCCCUAGGUCCAGUCCUGGCCUCUGCCUCAGUAGUUCAAGGAGUAGGAGUAGGAGCAGGAGCCGAGGAAGAAGUAGGAGUAGGAGCUACUUCUCCUACCGGAGCUACAGUCGCAGCUCCUCUUGGAACUCCAUCUUUGGUCGCCGGAACCGCAGUCAGAGCCGGAGUCGCAGCUAUGACUCGUUGGACGGUUACAGCAAGGGCAAGAACCGGCACUGAGUUUUUUUUCAACAGCCUGAGGAGGUUACAGAGGAGCCUGCAUCAUCAUUUCUCAAUCUCCCAGCGGAAGUAUGAGGUAAUGUUUUCAUCUCUUUGCGUCUUUUUUGUGUUAGAUGCCUGAGCCAGACCCUUCAAGUAAGUGUAUUUUUUUUUGUGUCGUUAUUUGUUCAACGAUGUCUUGAAUAGAGGCAGUUGUCUCGUCCAUGAUGUAUUGAAGACAGAAACCACUGGAAAUAGAUUGUUUGUUUUCUUUGGUUGGUUUUUUUUUUCAGUCCGCUGUGUCCUCGUCAUGCAUUAGCAUUCAAAAUGGCCAGAGACUGUUUUUCCUUGAGACACUCUUCCUCGGACGUCUGUGUCCGAAACGAAGGAUGGAGGAGCAUUGUUCAAUUUAACCCUCUGAUAAACUCUUAUUUUAUAACAACUCUUAAGUUUCUGACCAUUUCAGAUCUGGGAUGUGCACUACAAAGUUGCUUUGGGGACAGAGGGAGGGUGAGAGGGAGGGUUUUUCAGGAACAUAGGAAAAGGUGUCCAUCUCUGAUCUCAGCUCUUAAUGAUGUGGAGCAAAAACAUGCCUCCGAGAAAUGAUGAGAAGGGGGAGGAAGAGGAGGAGGCGGAAGUCCCGAUGCCAAACAAACUGCCUAUCAGCUCAGAUUUAUUUAUCCUCUAAUCAAGUGGAAAACAAUUGAAAUUUAAUUCCUUAUAAGAUGAAUGAUCAAACCACUGCACAGAAGGGCUGAAAAAGUGGGUUUUCAUAAAAAUGUCUGUCUUCAUAACAGCUCCUCAAAAGAGAUUUUUUUUUUACACUGUUUUAGUAGCUGCUAGGUUGUCAUAUUUAUUUAUCUAGGUAGUUAUUUAUUAAUUCAUAUAUUUAUUUAUUUAUGCAAAUGAUCUGUGUUCUAUUUAUUUUAUUAUUUUGAAUGAAACUUGAAUAAGAGUGCAAUGAGAGAGUGUUCAAUGGUUUUUCUUCUCAGCAUAUGUUUGACAGAGAGGAGAUUCACUAUUGGAUAAAUCUGUUAUUUUGUUAUUCAGAUUUUUUGUGUAACGGUCCCAAAUAGCGCUGUUCAAUAAUGUGUUUGGUAUUUCAGAAGCAGAAUCAAACACACACUUCACCUCUCUUGUUUGCAUAGUCCGCCCACCAAAGGUCAAGUUUUGAAACACACAUUUUUGUGUCAUGCAUAUUUAUAACGUGUUUACAGUAAUGUUCAUGCUUUUGUGUUGCCUCUCAGCAAUGGUCUAUGUUUCUAUGCAAUGCCACCACUAGGCAGGGUAGCCUAGUGGUUAGAGCGUUGGAGUAGUAACCGAAAGGUUGCAAGUUCGAAUCCCCGAGCUGACAAGGUACAAAUCUGUUGUUCUGCUCCUGAACAGGCAGUUAACCCACUGUUCCUAGGCUGUCAU